UCAAAAAAUAUAUCCCAGACAGCUGUGCGGACAGAGAAUGUGCCUCUGAAUACCAUAUGAAACAUGCUUAUGAUAAAUGAAUGACUAAUGCAGUGAACCCAAUAGUUUUGCAACAGUAAAACUUCUCAUCCUUCUCUGUAUAGUUAAACCCAGAGUCAGACUCAUGAAAAAGACCCUCUCAGACUCUCAUGGGCUUCAGAUCAGCUGUCUGGCCACUGGUUUUUACCCCCGUCACAUUAACCUGACCCUGUUCAGAGAUGGUCAGCCUGUGGAUGAUGAUCAGAUCACAGGAGGAGAGAUUCUGCCCAACGGAGACGGAACUUACCAGAUGAGGAAGAGUUUGGUGAUCAGUGAAGAAGAGCUACGUGAGGAACAUAAAUAUAACUGUUCAAUGAAGCUCAAGCACCUCAGUCAGGACAACAAACUGGACAUUACAUUUGGUUUCUGCGCGUCUCACUUUGUGGCGCUGUUUUGACAUGGGGGUGGAGUCAGGGCACGGGGGCGUGUCCAACAGGCCUGGGCAUGCCUCCCUGGAAGUGACGUCAUCGGCCCGAGACGCAGAUCACAGCUGAUCCAGGCACCGUCAUUGAGCAGAGGCAUGCGGGCGGAUAGUUUCCUUUUAUUCACUAGCUUUAAAACAUGCAUGCUUUCGUUUUAUUAACAAAUGU